AGAUUACCUUCUAGCCAAGCUGCUGUAUAUUCUUCAUCUCAAAGAUUGAUGUUGAUGUGAGAAGGAAAUAUAUUCUGAACAAAAGAUUUCAUUUUGAGUCUUUUGUAGGUAGUUUCCUUUGUCUUUUCUUUAAGAAAACCUUUUAGAAGGUUUUCGGGAAUUUAUAGGCACUGAAGAUUCAGACAGGUAUAUACCACCAUGAAGCUCACGUGGUUGUUGUUGUUGUGCCUUGUCGUGACUGCCGUCGUGGCCAAAGAUAGAUCAAAGAGAAAGAAUCGUGACCGCAACAGGCGUGUUGAGAGGGGUCGCCAGGAUGACCCGAGGGAGGUGGAGUCUGACGAUUCAGACGAGGAGUACGAGACUAUAGACGUGACUCAGGAAGGUGGGCAGCAGGAAAAACUAACAAAUCCCUGCAAUAACCACAAGUGUAAGCGGGGUGAGGUGUGUGAGCUGAACGAAAGGAAACCAAGAUGCGUGUGUCAAACAUGUGAUGACAAGGUGGAAGAAGAAAACAAACUUCCGGUAUGCAGCACUAAGAAUGUUACCUACAUCUCUGAAUGUCAUUUGGACAGAGACCACUGUCUGUGCAAGAAUCGUGAUGCUGCUUGUCUCGACAACACACAGGAUAAAGUCAGGCUGGAUUACUACCAUAGCUGCAAAGAGUUGACGGAGUGUAAACCUGAGGAGAUGACAAUGUUUCCAUUCAGAAUGAGGGACUGGCUCUACAGGGUUAUGACUGAUAUGGCAAUGCGUGGGUAUGAGGAAGUGGAUGAAUACCGCGACUUGCUGGAAAAUGCUCGUCAUGACAAAGAACAUGCUGAUGCUGUUAUCUGGAAAUUCUGUGACCUUGAUGUGCAUCCCAAUGACAGGCAUGUAACCCGGCGUGAGUUGCUGUACAUUAUUGCCUCACUGAAGCACAUGGAGCACUGCCUGGUUCCCUUCAUGAACAACUGUGAUGCAAACAACGACAACAGAAUCACACUGAUAGAGUGGGGAGAAUGCCUCGGCAUUGGCCAUGAGGCCAUAGUGGACAAGUGUAAACAUCAUGAAGGGUAGAUUUUAUGACAGUAGGAAGACCAGAAUGUGAGCAAGAACACCAUUUAGAUCACGUGACCAUCAUGUGACCAGAAAUAGACAGCAAAACUGGUCCAAGAAUAUGUGAUAUAACUUCUGCUCUAAUCUCAUUACUAUCUGGAGAAUUAUGAAAAGACAUAUUUUUUCUCAAAAUAUUUCCACAGAAGUGCUCAAACACAUUCAUUAAACAAAUUAGUAUUUGUAUACAUGCAAUUUUAGAAACUUGGUGGGAAAUUUAAAUAGAGGAAUAAAUCAUACAAAAUAUACUACCUUGAAACUUACUUGAUCAACAUAAAAAGCUGUAUACACUUUAAGUCAUAACUGGUCUUUAAAAACGCAAGUGCCAAAUUUGUGCUAGUUAUCAUGUUUGUAUAUUCUCUUCUACUACAUUGCUUUCGUUCAUUAGAUCUCAUUGUUGAACUGCAUCAUUAGGCCAGGUAAAAUAACACCCAUGUUCCAGGUCCUAAAGUUAACAUAAUCACUUUUUUGACAUUUUAAUAAAACUGAUCUUGCUAUUUUUGUUGAUGAUGAUGAUGUUGAAAAUUCUUAUGAAUUUACACCAAAAGAGUUCUACUUAGACCUUGUUUUCACUCAAAAUGCUGAAAGUAUUUUAAGGUAUCCAACAGAAACACUUGAUUAUUUGAGGCCAUUCAUAUGUUCUUUAAAAUACAGAUUAUAUUUUAUUUGUAUUUUUAAAUAUUUUUGGCAACAAAUGUAAACAUUGUUUAAUUAGAUAAAAUAGCUUAAUGAGGACCUGAAAAAUAAAUUUUUGGUGACAAUUAAUGAAGCCAUUUCAUUAGCUUUUGUUUAUUGCUUUCUUCAUCCUAAAUAUGUUAAUAAUUUCUUCGCUGUCAUACAAGUAUCUCAUAUUUUUAUGUAUUUCUUAGCAUGUGUAUGAUUGUUGAGGAUGAUUUGAUUCAUGAUAUAGGCUUACUUGAUUGUCAAAUUAAUUACCAAGAAAAUGGAACAUCAUUGGGAUAAGAAUGUGAAAUGACCAGGCAGUUUUUGGACUGAACCAAAUGCUAAAAUGCACAUAAAAGAAUUACAUAUACUUUAUCAUGACAUUAAAAACCUGGUAGUAGUGUUUCUUGUCAUCAUUAGAACAUUGGAAGUUUAUAUGAAAUUACAUUAAAAACAAAGUAGAUCAGCAUGAAAGCUAGAAUUGUUAUUCCUAGAAUUUCAAGAUCUAAAUGUCAUGAAAAACUUCCUGCUUGAUGUUUUAACAAGAUAUAUUGUGUGUAGGGUAAGCACAAGGUGGGUAACUGUCUGAAUAUUGUAGCUAAAUAAAAUGUUACAAAAAU